UUCUGGCUGUCUUUCUAUGACGGUAUACCGCGUGCGCGCUUGAGUUUCCGUUACCCGCUCAGUAUAUGAUAAUAAUAAUAUCUCGGUGACUUUUUUUUAUUAUUUAUUAUUGAUUUAUAUACAUUUUUUUAUUAUUUUAAUAAAAAUAACAACAAAGAACAUAAGUUCAACCGAUUGGCCCAGUUCCUUUUUUUACUACUCGCACGGUCCUUUUGUUGACAUUGUUUUUUGUUUUUCUACAAACAAAUUAAUAAUUUUAAUACUUAAGUAUUGUUUUUAAAUUCAAGUUUUGUGUAGUGUGUGUAUGUGUGCGUGUGCUUACGUAUAUUUUGCUUGAAAAUAUAUGUGUAUAAAACGUCGCGGUCGGUGUGAUUAACACAAAAAUGUGAUUUAGCGUCAUUACAACACGAUGUGGAGGAGUAAUUUUAAAAUGACUAUGCUACUGCUGCUUGUUAUCACCAUAAUAGGUGUGGCGUGCGGCGAAAACGACAGCGGACGUUCGGACGGAGUGGUGCGAGUGGUGCGCAGGCGGCACCUGGACGAGGCGACCAAGGCGGGCCACGAAUCGAACGAGAUAGACGACGACCACCGUGCGCGGGCCGACAUGUCGCUGACGCGGGCCGAAGAAUUCAAGUCGACCGCGGCGGCGUGCGGCGGCGCCGGGUGCGGUGAAAUGUCGCAAACCGAGCGGGCCGCGCCGGCGGUGGUGCUCGACGGCGACGACUCUCAACUGAUCGCGUCGUCUGCGGUCCAUCCGUCGACGGCGGACGAACAGACGUCCGAGUCGCAAUACUAUUACGAGUACGUGGGACCGACAAAGAUCGGUUCGGGGGAAGCCAAGAGGGCUUCGUCGCGUGGCAGAUCACUCGUACCGACGGAGCCCGAUACUGCAGCGCAACAGACGCAGCAGGGACGACAGCAGCAGCAGCAGCAGCAGCAGAUGGAUGUGACGGCGGCGACGGACCGUCAGCAGAUCCGUAAGGCGGGUAACAGCGACAUGGAAGACAUACUGGACGGGUUCGUCAAGCUGCUGAACGGUCAGCCCGGCCAAGCCGGUUACCGGCAGCCCAUCAAGACGCGCAUCAACAACCGCGGACCUCCGCGCAUAUCGGACGCUUCGGUCGUAAUGGAACCGCCGGCGUUCGUGCCGAUGCCGCAACACCAGCACCAACACCAGCCACAGCAACAGCACCCGCACCAGCAACAGCUGCCGGCCCAGAACAAGCCCAAAGACCCGCCGCCGUAUCCGUUUGACGUGCCGCAGCCCGUCCGGCCGCUGCCGCCGCAACCGCCCAAUCUCGUCAAACCGUUCUUGACCGGCGUGCCGUUGCCCGAACAGUUGGUACCCACCGACGGCGGUGGCGACGACGACGAGCUGGGCCCGCCGUCUUUGCAGUACGAAGACGACGUGUCGCACCUGCCGACGGCGUCCAGACGACCGGUGCAGCACGUGCAGACGGUCAAACCGCAACAGGAGUACGACUUGUUCGCGGACGGCGGCCACCCGCACGGCGCCGGCGGUCACGGGCCUUCGACCGCUUUUAGACCGAUCGAAAACGUGACAGAAAAAUUCACGGUGGACGUGCCUUCGUCGCUGUCGCCACCGGCGGCCUCGGACAGACCGGCUGCGAUUGCUGUCGCCGAGAAACCGACCACGACGGACAAACCGUGGUCGGCGAUCGACAUCAACGCGACCCGUGUGAUCGGCCUCCAAGUGUCGAAAAUCGUCGACCACUUGACCUCGCCGGUGGUUCCCGCUUCGCCGAUCGGAGUGACCGAUCACACCGCAGCCACCACCGCCGCCGCGGCGCCCACGACGACGACUACAACCGCUACUACCACUACCUCCGGCACCAGCAGCAGCAGCAACACCGCCGCGGAAUCGGCGUCCACGACGACUGCCGCUCGACCGGAAACCACGUUGGCCGGCGAACACGUGACCGGCGUCGGUUCGGCUGUCGUUGUGCUGGAGCCGUCCACUUCGGAGGAACCGCAUCGCGACGACACGCACAAACCCACCGACAACAAGCUUCCCCCCAGCAAGUCCACGCCGCCCGUCAAGAAGGCUCCGCAACAGUCGGAAGGAUUCCCGUAUUACUCACGCCCGGGGAUCGUGCUGGACGAUCCAGAAUUCAAACCCCACAUCGGAGGCCAGAGACGUCCUAUUCAAGUGCAGGUACCCAGUAAAGGUGACGUUUUCGACAUAAUGGUGUCCGCCAUACAAGGGCCGGGUGACAAGCCAGCACUGCUCAGUCCUGACGAAAUAUCCCCGUCGGGCGUCGGAAAAGGAGAAGUGUCCGUGAUAACGUCGGCAGAACCGAACCAGCAGUUCGUAUCCAUCGACGGCAAACGCACGUACAUCAACUUGUUCGGUUCAGCGGAACCAACUGCGGUGGCGCCUCAGUCCAUAAAGCCGACCAGCGCUGCUUCCGGAUCAUUUUCGGUCAGUCAAGUGCUACAGCCACACGGCGCGUCCAGUCCGCAGGGAUCAGCACCGCCGUCGCCGCCAAGCGGUGGCAAACCGUCAGCGCCAGCCUGGAAACGGCCUACACAUCCGCCAGUGAGGAUCGACACUUGCAUCGUGGGCGACGAUACGACGUGCGAUGCGGCGCAGCAUGAGAGGUGCCGCACCGAGCUUGGCGUGUCCUCGUGCCUCUGCAGGCCCGGAUACAGCAGACGAAAGCACCGGGACCCGUGUCACAGAAUCGUAUCCAUCGUUUUUUCGCUACGCGUUGAUCGGUUAUAUGACAAUAAGAUCACGUGGACGGAAAAGUAUAAGGAUUCCGAGACCCAAGAAUACCAACAACUUGAACAUGAAGCAGUUAGAGCGAUCGAUUCGGCGUUUUCGAUGACACCGUUUUCGGAUACGUUUGUCGGCGUCAAGAUCAACAACGUGUACAUGUCCAAGACGACACCUGGCAUGCCGGUCAUGGUUAAUGCUACGGUACAGUUGACGGAGAACGCAGAACACUUGCGGUCGUCUGUCAAGCAAGACGUGCAAAAACAACUGACGGGCGCGUUGCAGAGGCGCAACAACAACGUGGGCACCAGCGGCCUGUGGGUGGAUUCGCCGGCCGGCGCAAUAUCUCAACUUCAUGAUCUUGACGAGUGUAACAGCCCGGAACUGAACGACUGCCAUCCGUUGGGCAAAUGCACGAACGUGUUCGGCACGUUCCAAUGCGCGUGCCCAGACGGUUACAGGGACCCAUGGAUUGGAAAUGCUCAGCGCAGUGGUCGGACUUGCGAAACUUGCGACCCGGGCCAGUGUAACCUCCGGGGAGAAUGCUUCUUCCAGGCAGGACAGCCGGUGUGCAAGUGUUCGGGAUCGUUUUACGGAUCGCAGUGCGAGAUCGACGGCGAAGUACUGAGCGUGGCAGUCGGCUCUUCCAUUGCCGCCAUAUCCAUCAUCGUGCUGACGCUGGUGUGUCUGUGCGCGUGGAGCCGCCGCUGGAACAAGGAGCAGAAAGUCGGCUCGCCCGUGUUCGGGUACAUGCCGACCGGCGGCAGCACUGUGAAAACGCCCGUGAUCGGCGGCCCGCCGUACCAGGUAUCCAUCGAGGACCGCAUGAGAUGGGCCCAAAUCGCCGACGCCAUGGCGCACGCCAACCACUAUGCCCCCGAACCGGUAAACGGCACCAUGCGGUCGAACAUGUUCGGGUACGCGGGCGCACCGAUGCCGCUGCCCAGGCUUCGGCCGCCGGGCACGAGCACGAUUUCGCAUGCAUUUCGCACGCCGGAGUCGAGCACCAGCGAAGAAGAGGACCGGACCGAUCUGCUGGGCCGCAGCUUUCAGACCUCGUCCAGACCGAAGAGCCGAUCUUCCUUGGCCAAUCAGAGCGGAAUUUACUACGACGUGGAUUACGAACAACAGCAGGGCGAAAUGACGUUCUCGCCCGGUUGCAUUCCGCUGAGCACGUACACCAUUGGCAGCCGCUCAAACUACUACCGAUGAUGACGAUGACGAAAACCUUACGAUACAGUAUAGAUGAUGAAUAUCGCACGUGUACUGUAUAUGUGUUAUUAUUAUUAUUAUCAUCGUUUAAGCGACACAGACUGAGAACACAAAACGCGUUUACACGUACCCCAAUAAAAUAAUAAUUAUAUAUACCUACACUGUUAUUGCUGUACACCCUACACACACACACACACACACACAUAUAUAUAAUAUUAUAUAUAUAUAUGCCAUUGAUGAAAAAAACCAAACAUGUA